AUGAACGUGAAGGAUCUGGAAGGAAGGGUGAAGGAUACCAUGCGAUGGCAUGGGCUAUUGGAGGAUACUCCAAACUACGCCGACCGCACCGAUGACCCCAUCGCCACGGCCCUACGACACGCCCAGGCCGAGCUUCGCGUCGUGUCCGCCACGAACAAAGCUCGCAAAGCGCGCCUCGCCGCCAUCGCCCGCGAUCGCCUUGCCUACCAAGAAUACCUCGACGUCCGCGACUCCCUCGACCGCAGCAUCAACGGCCUCUACACCCGCUACCAGCGCCGGGACAUCAACCGCACCAGCGAGAAGCGCAAGAAGGACCACAAGCGCAAGUCCGUGCCCAAGGACGAGGAGCCCGAGGAGCCGAGCCAGUGCCCCGCCGCGCUGGGCUUGGGCCCCGACGAGAACAACACGCUCUUCGUGAACAAGCAGCUCGCGGAGCUGGUGCGCACGCGGCGGGAGUGGGUCGACCAAGUCGGGGCGAUCUUCGAGGAGAAGGACGCGGAGCAGCCGGGGCGAAUACACGGGAUCCCGCAGGAGAGCGUCUUCGCGGAUAUGGAGGAUGAGAUUGCGGCGUUCAUGGUCGAGCCGCCGAAGCAGCCGUCUGCGAAGUCAUGA